AUGUUGGUUAAUUACAGUCUUGGUGUCCAAGAACAUCCUAACAUUCCUCCAUCUUACAAAGGAAGAGUUAAAAUUGAAGGAAAAGCUACCCUGGUUAUUGAGAACAUCAACCCUGGAGACAAUACUGAAUUUCAAUGUGAACUCAGGGGAGGCCUAAGCUCGCUUAAGAGUACAGUUCAGCUUAUUGUGGCAGGUGCGUAUUACAGAACCAUUCAUAGUCAAACAGAAAUCAAAUGUAUUCUACUCGUGUGUCUCAUAUUUCUGAGAUCUGGAGAAAGUAAACAAUAGCAUAAAUUUGCGCAAACCUUUAUAUGCAGGGCUGAAAGUGGCUAGCCAAUCCGACUUUUGCGAACAAUUGUGCUACUUUUACUUGGCAUGUGAUGCUCCACAAAAGGAGAAAAUAAAUUCUACCAUUUACUUUGCUGUCAUUCUCAUCAGUAAGAAUUCAAAGAGUAAUUGCUUCAUUUUUCUGGCACCAACUACUGGGUUGCUCUGUUAUGCACAGGUAACUAUUAUUAAUAUGAGUACUGAGAUUUUCUCUUAGCGAAGCUGUCAAUUAAAAAUGGUCAGUCAAAACUGGAAACUAUCCUACUAGUUCUAUGAUUUUGCUAAAUCAGUGAAGGAGAAUGUUGCAUGGCCAAUCACAGGCAUUGUGUGAAAUUAAUUUGGUGUGAAAAAAAUGGCAUUGCUUUUCAAGUCUUUUAAAGGUACUUGCCAUAGGAAUGAAAGUUGGCAUUAUGCUUUAUACUGCUUUCUGAGGAUUAUAAACUUCAAGGUUUACAGAUGUAAAUUUAGUCAACUGAGUGAGAACAGUGACUUCCUGAAGUAAGUUCUUAGACUAAGGAGCAAGUCGAGACUUGGACUAAAUUUACACGCUGGAGCAAAAUUUUCUUAAAGUUUUGGAAGUAAUAAACCAAUAAAGUCUAUCAUCCAAGUUCUUUAUGCUCUUUGAAAGGCGUUGAGCAUGCAAACAGAAAAUAAUUCCAUGAUGAUCAACUUGGCCUGGUAGGAGUGCUGUUCCUAGCAGAUGCUGUUAUUCAUGGAGGUCAGUUCAACAGCUCUAAUUUUAUUGCUGACUUUGGUUGCUCCACUGAGAAACUGGCUGAGUGCUACAAAGAGCUCCAAGGGACUAAAAGUACUCAAUUUCAAUUUAGAGUAUGAAACAUUUUUUGAGCUUAUGCAACCUAAACUUUUCCAAAAAUUUUCAUGUAUAAAACGGAAUCGUAGUGUUCUUUGAGCAGACUUUUUAAUCUUCUCUCUGAGUGUUUUAACUUUCAUUUUCGAACACAGUAUCUUGGAUGUCCUAACAACCUUAAGUACAUAGAAACAUGUGUGAUAUUAAGUAUGUAACUUCUUGGUCAUUUAACUGUGAUUCAAAGUUGAAAACAAUUGUGAUAUCUUAAUACUCAUGUACAAUUUAAUACUUUAUUGUUUUCUUGAACGAUUUUAUUCACUUGUUGCAAAGAAUCCAAACUCACUGUUUAAUGUUUUUGAUCGUCUAUGACUAGUGAAUAAAAAUUGUCACCUCUAUCAUCUCUACCAAAAUGCUGGUUGUCGUUUACAUAUAGAUUGUGUUUGGAUAGAAGUUGUUACAUAAAGAAUGGAGUCUAUUAUGUAACAAGAUGUUGUGGAGAAGUGUGUUAGAGACUUAGAUUCUCGUUUGACCGGUUUGACAGCUGUUCAUUCACUAGUUUUCUCCUGUCUGCUCACCGCAUAUCCAAGAUGUCCCGUGCACUGUCAAUAGUUUUGCAAGUUUUGACUUAGCGUGUUCACCAUGAUCCUUUUGGCAUUGAGUUUCGAAAAAAUUUCAUCUUUAUCCUGACUAUAUUCAUCUUCAAGUGGUUAAAUGCCUUUUUCCAGGUAGCAUAGGGUCUUCCAUGUGUAGCCAAGUAGAACACCUAAAUUUGGCUUACAUCCUAAGGUUUCUUCUAUUCUACUGCUGAUGUCAUCAAUGAUAUUGAUGAGGCUAAUGCUCCCAAGGUUUCUGAGAUAUGAAGACAGCUAAGAAUCAUUUUGUUCCUUUUGAUAGGCGGCACAUUUUAGUACAAUUUAAAGGACAUCUGCCUUCUUCUGGUCUCUUAGUUUCCUAGUUGAUAAUAGUUGAUAAUUUUUCUUCUUAAGGUGUAGACUUCUACUUUAGGUGGCAUUUUGAACUAAUUUUACUAUCUUUCCUUUAAAGUGUCAGGUCAGCAAUUGUAAAUGGGUAGAUAUAAUUCUAUAGAUCUUCUAUCAAUAUUAGACUGAUCAAUAGCGAUUUCGUAAAAUUUUUGACAAAAAUGAACGGUAGAAUUAUUCGAUCAAACUUCGGUCAUUUUCAAGUGAAUAGUAAGAAUGUCACGAUGAAAAUAAAUAUGCGUGUAAGAAGUAGAAAAUUUUAUGGAAGUGUAAACGGACAAUGAGAACAUACAAAGAGAAGAAAUAAUUAGAAGCUAAUUGAAAACUAAAUUGAAAUUAGAAAUGAAACUUAAAAUCCUAAUUAAAAACCUUUGCAGGAAUUGAGUCCAACUGACAUUGAGAGCAGGUCUCAGUUCUUGAAUAAAAAACAUUUCGUAAAUUAGGCAGUCAAAUUUGUUCGUACUCUUCUUUAAAACACUCAAAUUCUUCGUAAGAUCCCUUGGAGCCAAAGAAUGCUUGUUGCGAAAAUGCUUGUCAAUCGAUGGAGUCGAUUUUUUGUGUUCUUGAACAUGUUGAUGUAGAUGGCGGCGUGUAAAACCAACAUAACCUGCAUCGUACAGGUGUUGGAAACUGUUCGAUACGUUAGUUAUUCUCAAUUUGAUUGAUAUUUACAAGUGAUUUCGUUUAUUUAUACAUAACUAAGCAAACAUGUAUGCGGCACGUGUUUUAUCGUCCCAUAUAUGGCACUGUUCCUUGUGCUUACAACGGGACGUUGAGUGUGUUUCCUUCGAAUAAGCCGAGAGUUGUGAGUGGGAGUCAACCGAAGCGUAGUAGCAAAAUUAUUGAAUCAAGCGAAUAAAUCGUCAGUUUAUAAGGAAGUGUGGUACAGCUUUUUCACGUUUUCGACACAGGUCACAUUUAAAUUUGUAAACAACGGUCGUGUGGCAACAGACGGGUUUGCUAUGAGCUCCCCCUUGAUCCUCUAUUAGCCAUUUUUUAUGUGCAGCAUCGAGGAUACUCAUAAAAUCGAUAAAUUAAGUGAAUUUGAUGUCUUUCUAACGCGCGGUGUUUAGGAAUCAUUGAUUAAUCCCGGUUGUCUUCGAGGUCGUGUGACCUGUUACUUGAGCAAAAUUAUGAUUCCGCCGAUACCUGUCCUAUAGAAACGCAACGCAUCGCUGUCUUCACCUCGAAAUUUGAACAUCGUCUAUCGAUCGUGAGCACGGUUUUAACGGUCGGCGAUUUGAAGCUUUUUAUUUAUAAGGUUGAAACUGAAUACAAAUGUUACGCGCGAGAUUUCAAGAAAUACUGCCUUCAUAAGAGCAGUUUUGCUUCGUUCGUACUUUCGUAUUCAUGCCUAGCGUUAUGUGAUAAUGAUAGUGAUCGUUAUGACACUUUUUAACAGACGCUCGUUCUUGUUUACUUCUGUUCAUUGAUAAGAGUCGAGUACGGCGCUGAGUUGACAAUGAGCGGAGUUAUGAGCAAUUUUGUUGGCAACUCAGAUUCACACUGAAGAUUCAAGAAAAUAGAGCGAAUUAAAUCGAUCGAACAGUAGCGGCAGUCUUACCUACUUGUGAACAAAUAUGGUUUUUAGCUUGAUGUUAACCGCAAACAGCAGAAUGGAAUCUUGUUUUCUUCACUUAUCCUAUGAACCUAAAAUCAUCCUGGCAAAACAUUAGGAAAAUGUCUCCUGCUGCAGCAAACUGCAGAUAAUUUCACAUAACUUUACUGAGGAAUGAAUGCAAACGAGUUAACUUUUGCUGCUAGUCGCAAGCCGUAAACUUUUACGAAACGACUCUAUUGAACAUGAUAUUUUCUGAUCUUGCUCGCUUUCUAAGGAAGUACCAAGUAGGUCAAAAACUUUUUCCUUUUUCUUCACAAUGCAGGCAGGCCAUUUCAAAAAUAAACUGACGCCAAUCGCUUCGGGACAUAACCACGUAAUGUCACCAACAUGGAAUACCUCCUUUGUUAUAAACAUAACACACCAUUCCAAGUUAAACAAAAGAAUGCUUCAUAGAUAUUAGUAAGCUUCUUUCGCGCACAUUUUUUUACGUGCGUUUGAAAAAAUUGCACGCGUGUGCAUGGGUUUUUUAACGCGCUUUUCGCGUGAAUUUUGGGCCAAGUACCUCUGAGCUGUACUGUAAUGCCUGCAAGUCCAUACAGUCCAUUCUUAAUGCAGGGAAGUAAUUUUUUUUUCUUUGCGUUUGAAUUGAGCUUAAGAACGUUUUAUAUGUGAGUAUAAUUCUUCAACAUGUGGGGGAAGAGUCCGAAACUCUCCCUUCUGCAAACUCCCUUUGCAGAUCAAUCAUGAUGAACAAUCAAGUUAUUUAAUGUUUGGUAAAAGAACGAUCAGUUCAAGGAGAUGGGUAAGUUCUUCUUUUAACUUUAAGUAAUGGCAAGCAUCAUUCAGCAUGCCAUUGGUGUAUUAUUUUUAUCCGGAAGAAUCCAUAGUAUCUCUUUCAUCAAAAUUUUAGUUCUCUGGGUUGAGGAUGUCUUCAGUAGAUCCUUUGUCAGACCAAGUUCCAAGUGAGGUGUGGCUUGAUUGGCUAUGUUCCUAUUUGUUUAUGCAGUGGCUAAAAUUUUAUCCAAAAAGAUGGGGCUAGCUUAAAAGCCAGGGUCCCUAGCCCAAUGAGUGACUUCCUGAAUUAGCUCUUAGUUCCCGACACUGGGGCUCUGCUGAACAAUUUAGCUCGUGAGCAAGCUAAAUUGUACUGAAUAAAGUUUGAGCCUCCUUAUAAUAGGUGGUUGUGGGGAACCAAUUGCUGGAUACUUUUGUUUAUUUUAUUGUAAUUGGGUAAAUUUUAAAACUUAGUCCAAGUAAAAUUUGCUACGCCAUAUGAGGAAUGAUAUAAUCUCUUUUACCUUUCAGAGGCACCACUUAUAAACCUCUCCUUAGGAGGAAAAUAUUACAUUGAGGGAUCCCCUGUCACCAUAGCCUGUAAAGCUUCUGGGAUACCACCACCAGAUGUAGCAUGGAUCAGAAAUGGAGUACUGGAAAGUUCAGGGAUGAAAGCUGCGUUUUUAAAAUUCGAUAAUAUAAACAGAACAGAUGCAGGACAAUAUACAUGUCGAGCCAAUAACUCGGUGGAAGUCACUUCCAUUGACAAAACAAUUGUAGUUCACUGUAAGUAUGUUUUAACCUUAAUUUUCUAUUUCUGAAAUUACUUUAUUUACAGUGCGAAUCCUGUUAUUGGGUUCAGUACCCAAAACGGACGAAUCUGUUCCAAAGUGUAAGGAAACAGAAUUCCACCUCAAAUCAUUUUCGGCUUUGUGUGCAUCAGUCUCAAGUGUUGAUUGGGACAAUUGAAUAUAGGUGAAAUCAUUUUUCACAUUAUUUUGCUUUGGAGGGCGUGACAAUUUUCUCUCCAAGUCAUUGCUGCAGUUGGACUAUGUUUAACUCAGAAAAUGGCUUUAGGCCAUUUGUGAGUCAUUGUGACAACCCAAAAUUCACUCCGUUUGACUAGCGCACAAGGCUCGCGCAUAUUCUGAUUCUGUGUGAGGGCGCUAGUUGAGGCUUCAUGGAAAUCCGAGAAUUGGUCAAGAUCCUCACUGUCAGCUGAGAAAUUACACUUUAUUUUUACUGAUAGCUGAGAACAGGUGCUCGAUGUAAAACGGGCUGAAAUUAAGACUGCAUGCCUAAGGUUUGUGCACAUAUUUGCGUGAGUGGCGCUCGAAGAGAUAUGCUAUUUGAGGGCGAGAA